AUGUCGUCGUCGCAGACCAUGACAGCGCCAGCGGUGGGCCAUCGACCGCCUGAUGCUGGUCCCAAUAUGUCGUCAAUCUAUGACUAUGGUCGUUCUCAACAGCCUGACGACCACCGGUCCCCCUCCCCGCCCAGCGACUCCGCAAUCCGCGCUUUGAACGAUUCUGCCCCCGACCCCCCCGAUGCUCCUUCCAAUGGCCUGGCUUCUCCCUCCGGCAUGAUGCCUGUCAAGUCCGAGCCCAAUGAGAAUGCUUUUCCUCCUUCCGCUGUCGAACAAAGCUCGCAAACCGAUACCAGGCGUCAGUCCGCGGCCAGUGCGCUCUUGGCUCAACUGCUCGGCAACCAGUCGUCAAUGCCUUCCGACGGGCCAGGGCCCUCUGCGGAACACUCCGUACCCGCAGCGCAAGACACGAGCCAACACCAGGAUAUUGAUGAUGCGAUGAAUGGGCAGUGGUCGACGGAUGCGCCUGCGGGAACCACGGCAAUGUCUUCAGACCCGACCGGGGGCCAAGACCAGAUCCCGGCCAACUCGACUGAGUUGCCGGAGUCUCAGCAAGAACAGAAAAACUCCGAUCAACCACCGGAGGUACCAUUUUCGAACCCAGAAGAGGACCUGAACAUAUCAUUGAAACAUGCCGACCCCUCGGAAGGCCUCACGGACCCUCUACUCUUUUCGAAGUCGGGCCUAGACCAUUCCGACCUAUUUACGCCGUUUGAUAUCACGGGCGCUGCCAAGGACCCGUUUGAGGCAUUACAACAAAAUGAGAUGCUUACGGCUGCGUAUCUGUCCCAGAGCGCUGACCUGACCGCCCUUGGAUACUCCGGAGGACAUCUACAGGAUACCGGGUCGAUCGCGGGAUCAGAGCCUCGCAUCCAGGCUUUUGCAAAACUGGAAUUCGACGAUGGCCAUUUCUACUGCAACACAUAUUCCUUUAUUCUCGGACGAGACGUACGGGCUGCCCGGGCUGCCCAUCAGCGCGAAUUACAGGUCCGACAGGUCAUGAGACACACCCGCGCGAAAAGUUCGAGUGGUGGGAAUACGUCGCAUACUCCCAUCCGAAUGAAACAUGAAGGCAGUGGCAUCAUAGGCAGUGUCGUCAGUGACCGCGGUGGAAUUAUGGGCUUUGAUCCUGAUGUCCCACCCCAUCUUCCCACCCGUAUAAGUCGACGAUCGUCCAAUUCUUCCCACGCCGAGUCAGGAGCUCCAAUGCAUGCGACACCGGCUCAGCUACAGUCGAAUACCACUGAUUACAACGCCCUUGCUAUGGAAUCUUUGAAUGAUGAAGGUGGAGAUGCAAAACCGGUUGAUGCUUUGGCUUUACUUCCGUCCCCGGAUUCUUGUCCAACGAUCCCUAUUCACCCCCCUGCCACAACAGAUGGUAGUGCCGCCGGACACCGAGGUAUCUCACGGAAACAUGUAAAGAUCGCAUAUAAUUUUGAUAAGAAUCUCUUUGAGAUGGAAGUUAUGGGGAGAAAUGGUGCGUUCAUUGGUGCUGAUUGGUUAUCGCCCGGUCAGAUCAGGCCUUUACACAGCGGCGAUUAUAUCCAAAUCGGCGGAGUCCGAAUACGAUUUCUACUUCCAGAUGUACCAAUUGGUGAGACGGGUGCCGAUAGGGUCGAGGAACCCCACGUGGCAGAAGAAGAAAAUGCGCAAGCUUCAGCCCCUGCAACGGAGAACGAUGAGGAUGAGAAACGCCGCAAAUCGGAAAGUACAGAGAACAAAGAUGCCCCGAAGACUACUAAGAUCAUUCUUAAGACUAAAGAACCUGAUUCGACUCGCCCGGUGCCGUCCAUUGAAAGUUCUGCUGAUGGCCAGCAACCUAUGCGUCGUAGAGGCCCGGGACGGCCGCCCAAGGAUGGCAUUAUGUCGAAGCGUGAACGGGCCGAGUUGGCCAGGGAACAAAAGUUAGCUGCGAAACGUGAGGCAAAUGGAGGUGUCACUCCUCCCCCUGCCAACCGGCCAAAGGCCGGAAAGACAACGACUACGGGUGCUGCUCCCACUACACCCAAGGAGUCUAUGGGUGCAGAGUCCCCUGGAUCCAAACCUGAAAAGCGGAAGUACACCAAGAGGAAGAAGCCCGAUGGCACCCUUAUGGACUUCCCUCUCCCUUCUACAGAAGGUGGCCAGUUCCCUAUGGAUCAGCGCCCAGAGGACUUCAUCAAAGCCCCCCCGGUCAAGAAGCGCAAGCCGUCGCGUUCACCCUCGCCCAACUACCCCCCAGAAUCAGCGUAUACUCCAGAAGAUCUGGCCAAACCGCCCUACAAUUAUGCGGUUCUUAUCUUCGAUGCUCUCACCGAGGCUGGCACGCCGAUGACGUUGAAGCAGAUCUAUCGUGCGCUGAAUGUGCGACACAACCUCAACGGCAACAGCCACCUCUUUAUGCAUGCCGAGAGAGACGGUAAAGGGUGGUCAUGGCAACUACGUCCGGGAGCAUCAGUCGAAAAGGAGAAGAAGAGGCGUCCAUCGCCGCCGCCGCCAUCACAGCCGCCGCCGAUGCCUGCAGCUCCGCAGUACAUGCCUCCCAUGAACCCAUCGUACUCCAACCCAACGAAUGGGCAGGCAAACAUGGCGAACCCUCAUUUCCAGUUUCCGCCGAUGCCAUCAAAUCCAUACCCUGCGCCCUCGCCUGCUCCUGCUCCUACACCUGCAGCUCAGCAAUCAAGUCCCUAUCCGCCACCAUCUCAACCCGCCGCCUCUACCCCUUUCCCCAUACCAAGUCCACUAAGGAACAACCUCCCGCCUGCUUUUGCUCAGACAGUGCCGUCCACAUAUACUUCCCCAUAUGCCUCCGAUCCCCCUCCACAGCUGAUUCAAUAUCAGCAAUCGCAGCAACAACAGACCAUGCAAACACAGCCCCAGCAUCACUCACCUUACCCGCCAGCCAACCCUCCUCCGCCACCGCCUCCUCCUAUGUCAAUGAACCCGCCGUCUCAAAACCUUCCGCCCAACCCAGGCCCCCCUAUGCAACACCAGCCCAACCUUGGUGUUGCCUCAGGCGAGCCCAGUUCCGGCCCUAUGGACACCUCCGAAACGUCUUCGUUCAAUGACCGGGCAAACAAGGCUAUUGAUGACUUCGAAGCGGUCCUCAUGGAGGAUUAUGAAGACAAGAACUAUAUUCGAGAAGUGCUUAAGAGCGCCCGCGCCCGCGUUCUGGGAGAGGCCACGGAAAGCUCAUUUCCUGGUGGCGAGCCGAAGGAUGAGGCAGUCAUUCUGGAUGCGCUUCGUGGCCUAGUCGGAGACUUGAAGGGUGAGUAA